AUGGAUUUAACUUGUCCAUUUUGCAAUGUGGACUUGCCCCAUGAUCUCUUCCAUGAUCAUUUCGCUAAAUGUAUGAAGGUUACCAAUGCGAUGCAACAGCAAGAGCCUUAUCAGCCUCCAUUGCCUGAUGAGCAUAAUUGGUCCUACCAACCGUCUGAAUAUUCUAAGUCAUCACAAAGUAAUCCACCCUCUGUUGGUCAGUCCUGGCAAUGUAGCUGCUGUAACUUAAAUUUUGUCAAUCGAAAAGAAUUUCAAGAACAUUUGACCAGCGCUAAACACAAGAUGGCUCUUAACUCAAAUAUCAGCGGAGGCUCUAGUGGAUAUCCGAAUUCAGGUCAGCCAGCUAGUGAGCUAACGGAUAUAGCAGCCGCGCCACAACAUGCGCCUAAUUUCCGUCCACCACCCACUAUGGCGCAGGUUAAUAAAGGUGCUCCUCAGCCACACCAAUUCAGCGAGGAAGAGAUGAGAUCUAUUGUAAGAUCGGAAAUGGCUAAAUAUAUGCGACAACUCCUACAAAUAAUCGAAAAUGACACCAGUGGAUAUCCCAUUUGA